UUGGUGCAAGUCCAAGUCCGGCAAGCACUCCAGGAGUACGGCUGUUUCGAGGCUUUGUUUGAAGAAGCCCUGGAGCUUCGAAAGGCAGGAUUUGGAGCCCUUGAAGUGCUUUUCGACCUGCCUUUACGCACGGAAAAGGCUCUAAGAUUCCGAGAAGCUCUUUCGUGGCUAUUGUGGGCCUAUAGCACCACUGUGUGAAAGCAUGGUCAUUGAUGACGCAAAUAUUGCUGAAAACAUUGAACAAAGGCCGGACUACCAUCAUGUGGCCUGAUGUAAACUCAGUCACAGAGCUAGCAUCCGGAUGGCAGAAGACAAUUAGGAGGAUGAUUUUGGGGAGUUUCGAUCUGGAGAAAUACAUGGAUGAGUUCAUAGACUCCACAAAUUAUAUCAUGAAAUAUGAAGGACCCCAAACCACCGAGCCAACCCUCAGAGCAUGUGCUCACUCUGACCAGACUAUGAUGACCCUAUUGUAUCAAAUGAGGUUAAUGGACUGGAGAUUCAAAACAAAGAUGCUUCCAAGUCGGAAGUAGUCUGAAAUACUGAUAAUGGAAUAUCAAAGGAACCAAAAAACAUUUGUCACCGUUGCCGGGAUUAAAUCCGGCUCACCCGCAUGACAGGGCAGAAUACUUAACACUAUACUACAACAACUUUGAUAUGUUUAUGUUAAUUUAUUCUGGAAAAAUAAAUUAAGGGUUUCUCCAUCUCCCACUUUCUAGGUGUAUCCAUAGCAGUUAAAUUUGCGGAGGGAAGAUUCAA